UCCUUGCAGUUAAAUUAGCAGACAUUAAAUGAAAGAAUCGAUAAAACCAAAGGUCAAAACCCUAAAUUGGGCUUAAACCCUAGAAAUUCCAUUAGCGAAGAAGCCCUAACAAGCUCUGAAUUUCGGUUCGAUGGCGAGCAGUUGGAGAAGAGCAUUGGGAAAUGCGAGGUCCUUCGUAGGCAAUGCGAUGGGAGGCCUUAGAGGAGGAACCAACCUGGCUUCGUGGGUCGUGGCCGGAUCCCUAGCUUACUACCUUUGGGUCAAGCCCUCCCGAGACCUCAGGCGCGAACAAGAGGAAAGGGCAGCGCUUGCAGCUUCGGAUCCUAAUCGCUACGUUGAGAAACGAAAACCAAUUCCCGACUCUCAGGAAACUGGUUUGAUAUACGGCAAGAAGAAUAAUGUAACAAGGAAACAGGAGGAAUGAAGUGCUGGGCAUCGAAAUUUGUAAGUUGUCUUUGUUGGGUUGUGGUUAAUUUGACCAUAAGUUGAUGGUUCGUGAAUUGGGUCUUUAAGAUAGUGUGUUAUUGGUGGAUUAUUGAUCUGAAUUGUUUUUUGGAGAUGCAAUAAGUAAUAGGAUAUCCAGUUUUGGGUGACACCUAAAUGAAAUGUUAAUGCUUUGGUAGAGUUCUGGAAAGCAUUUGUUGGGAUGAUCUUUAUUGUUAAUACUAUUAAAUAAGGGGAUAAGAAAUAAAAGCCGUUGAUUCUGUAUC